UUCGCAAGUUUCAAGAGUAGCUUUACCAGCAAUGUUAAUUUCCUGAAGCGCCGAUUCAGCUCGGGAGACCUGUCUUCCGAGUGCGAGGAUGUCGAUCCGAAAGACCUGCCACCCGCAGCUCGUCCACAGCCACCGCUCUCGCAGCAACCGAUGCCCGGCGGUCCGCCGAACAUUCCGCCACCGCCGGCCCCCGGUACGGCCGGAUCCGUCUCGCCGGGCGGUCCCGUCCCGCCCGGUUCCGCCCCGCCGACCGGUGGCCCGGAGCUAUCGCUAAGCUUCGGCAAGGGGCCUGCCCAGCGCGGCACGAGCGCCCCCUCCAGCCCGGCCAAAUCUCGCGAAAGCUUGCUGCAGCGCGUCCAAAGCCUAACCGGUGCGGCCCGUGAUCAGGGUGCCUCCAUUAUCGGAGCGGCCGUUUCGACCGCCAGUCGCGUCCAGCCGUUCAAUCGGGACAAAUGCUUCACGCUGCUGGUGGUCGACGAUCAGAACACGGACUGGUCGAAGUACUUCCGCGGCAAGCGGCUGCACAGCGACUACGACAUACGCGUGGAGCAGGCCGAGUUCCGUGAGAUCAUGCUGACGGCCAGUGCGGACUCGGGACCGAUGGUUGGCUGCAAUCGGGGCGGUUCCAAGCAGACGAAGCCGUUCCGCCCGGACUUUAUUCUGGUGCGUCAGCCACCGCGCGACGGCUCGAAGGACUACCGUUCGACGCUGCUCGGGCUGAAGUAUGGCGGCGUGCCGAGCAUCAAUUCCCUGCACUCGCUGUACCAGUUCCAGGACAAACCGUGGGUAUUCGCUCACCUGCUGCAACUUCAGCGUCGUCUCGGUCGCGAUGCGUUCCCGCUGGUCGAGCAGACGUUCUUCCCGAACCCGAAGGACAUGUUCACCUGGACACGGUUCCCGUGCGUUCUGAAGGCAGGCCACUGUCACGGUGGCAAAGCUACCGCCAAGCUCGACAACCCCGGGGCGCUCCAGGAUGCAGCCGGUCUACUGUGCGGUACGGGACUUUCGGACAACGGCUCCUACUGCAGCCUGGAGCCGUACAUCGACGCCAAGUUUGACGUUCACAUCCAGAAGAUCGGUGCCAGCUACAAGGCGUUCAUGAGAAAAUCCAUUUCCGGCAACUGGAAGACGAACCAGGGCUCGGCCAUGCUCGAGCAAAUCCCAAUGACGGAGAAGUACAAAACCUGGGUCGAUGAGGUGUCCGAGCUGUUCGGUGGUAUGGAGGUGUGCGGUGUGGCAGUGAUCGUCUCGAAGGAGGGCAAAGAGUUUAUCAUCAGUGCGGCCGACUCGACGUUCCCGCUGAUGGGCGACACCCAGGAAGAGGACCGUCGUCAGAUUGCGGAUCUUGUCGUCGGACGCAUGCAGAAUGUCUGCCGUCCCUCGAUGAUGACAAAGGCCGUGUCGCGCAGUUCGAUCUCUUCGCGCGGCACUAGCCCCACGGAUGAUGCACCGCCGGUGCCGAUUGGUACGCGCCCGGUACCGGUUGGUGGUGGUCCACCACCGAUCCCGGAACGCACCACACCGGGCGUUGGUUCGAUCGGUCGCCACGGUAGCUUCAGCAGCCAGUCGGGUGAACUGCCGGAGCAACCGUCCGAACGGGCACCCACUCUGAACUCUGUGGGACGACGUGAUUCGCAAGCAUCACAAUCGAGCAGCGUGUCGGGCAUAUCGUCCGCUUCGGCCGCCCGGUCGGGUGCAGGAAAAGCUCCACCAGCCAACGCCGCCGGUGGUCCGUCGGUGGUCGAGGAUGCGGAGGAUACGAUGAAAAAUCUCCGCAAAACAUUCGCCGGCAUCUUCGGUGAUAUGUAG